AUGAUUUUUCUUGAGGAUACUUAGAAAAUGUUAACUCGUUCUCCUGAAUCAUUUAAAAGAUUAAUUUUACCACAUAAAAGCGAGAUUGGUUUUGUAUUUACUAGAUUAAAUAAAUAACUUUCAACUGUAAAGAGUACAGAAAGAAAACUCUUUAAAAAACGUCAACCUAAUGAAGAAUUUGAGUAAGUUAAGGUUGAUUCAUCUUCAAGUUAAGAUAAAUAGAUGGCUGAAGAUCUUUUAAAACAUGAAGUGUGUGAUUGGUAGAAUUUCAUGUAGAAAGAUUAAGAAACAAUUCGUCAAAUUAACUCCUAAGAUGAAUUGCUUUAAGAACUACAUUCAAAAACAAAAACUUAAGAAACUACAAAGAGAAAUAAGAUUUGGCAAGAUGGAAAUGAACGAUAUGUGUAUUUUCAAAGAAUGAGAUAAGGAAAGUAAGCUUAUAUAUAUAAUAUCAAAAAGUAAAUUGUUACCCAAUUUGAGUUCGCAAGACUUUCUUUCUUCAGUGCGAAAUUCAUCCAAACUUAAUGAAUAUGCUAAGGUGUAUAAAUAAUAGCCUCAAAAUAUAUAUUUGAGUCUUAAUCAUUCUCAACCAAAAAGAGUUCCUAAGACUUUUGGAUUAGUGUAAAAUACCUCUCAAUUACAAAAUGUUAAUACAAAUAGAUGUUUAAGAUCUAGAGAGGAUUGUAGAGCAUUCUCUUGUGCAAUGUUAACAUAAUAGAGUAAAACUAUAACUUCUCUUUAAAUGAAUCAUAAUAUUUUUGAUCCAUAAUAAUUAAGAGAUGUUUUAUUAAGUUUUCCAACAGCACUUAAAGAUUUAGAAUUAAUCGAUUGUAAACUUCAUUAUUAACAUAUGGACACUUUAAUGGCUUUUAUUAAUAAAAAUUAAAUUGUAAAAAUUAAUCUAGAAAAAAAUAACAUACGUGAUUAAGGAUGUAAGAUUAUCAUGAAGUAUUUAAUGAGUAAUAAUACAUUAUAACAUUUGAACUUAAAUAACAAUUAAAUUACAGAAUGUGCAAGUAUAGCUAUAUCAAAUUUAUUAAAAUAAACUUAGAGAUUAUUAGAGUUAUAUUUAGGUUAUAAUAAUUUAAAUUCAAGUGCUGGUAAUGUUAUAUGGAAAGCUAUGUAUAAAAAUACAAGUGUAAAAAUAUUAGACAUGUCUCAUAAUAAUAUUGCUUCUAUAGAUUGUGCAGCAUCAAUAGCCAAGGCAAUUGCAAGACCAUAUAAUGAAUUACUUCAUGUAGAUUUAUCAUAUAAUAAAUUUACUUAUCCAUAAGCAUAAUUAAUAGCUGAAUCAUUAAUUAAAAAUGAAACUAUUUAUGGUUUUCAUUUCGAAGGUAAUUAAAGUGAAUUAGUAGUUAAUCCGAAUGGAUUUUUAGUAAAUAAUAUUCAAUUCAAGAAAACAUUAGGCGAUAAAUUACUUUAACUUUACAAAUAGCCUUAAUAUUUUAAAUUGUUAGAGAUUCAAAAAUCACAAUCAUAUAUACCUCCAAAAUAAUAUGAGGAAUUAGUCAUGCCGUUUAGUAGAUAAAGAAAAAUAAGAUCUACAAAGUCGAAUUUUUCAAAAGUUAAUUAAUUAAACAAAUUGGAUACUUGUUGGAUUUGUGAAGGAUGGUAAGAAAUCAAAUUUGAAUGGACAGCUUAUAAAUCUGGUAGUCUAUAUAAUGAACCUAUAUUUAUUCAUUUUGAUUUCGAAGAUUAUAGACCUUUAUUGAUGACUCAUUUAAAUAAUGAAUUUUUUUUUGUUAAGAUGUGUCCACCAAAUUAUGAAAUACAUUACUUCUUCACAAAUCCUAUAUUAGGUGUUUAAUAACCUGCUAUGGAUUAACCAAUUAAAUAUUUAGAUACUCCCAUUCCUUCUAUUCCUUUUUUAUAUAAUGAUGAAAUUUUAGUUGAUGGAAAUUCACUUGAUUAAGUUAACAUUCUUUAAACCUAUAAUAAAUAAUAAUUGUUUGAUAAAUAUAUGCCUUUGGUUUAAUGCAAACCCAGAGAACCUUUAGCUAAAUUUGAUUUUUCACCUUAUUUAAAUAUAAAGAAACUUAAUUGGUCUGUUGAAACUUCAAUUUUUAGAAAUUUUCAACCAGAUACUCCAUAAUUAAUUGAUUAAUGUUUUGAAUUUGAUUUUUAGAAUUCUAAAGUAACAAGAUUAGUGAAAGAAACAGAAAUUGUUGAAGUAAAAGAAAGUUUAAAAGAUUUAUAUCGUAAUUUAUUUCAUGUUUAUAAAUAUCAUGCAGCUGGAUCAUAAGCAUAACCAAUUCCUUGCAUUUUGAUUCAUGAUUAUAUUGAUUUUUUAGUUUAAACAUCUCUAAUGGAAGGAAUGAAAACUAAUGAUAUUGAUAUUAGUUUUACAUCAACCAGUGCUGCUAAAGAUGUUUUAUUCCCUUAAGCAUAUGAAAAAGGUUUAGUUAGAUGUUAAUUACUUGAAAUCAUGAUUAGAUUAUGUAAUGAUAAAUAUAUUCGUCCAGGAUUAUUUACUUCUAUGGUUGAUUCAAUUAAUGCUAUCAAAUAAUAAUGUUAAGAAUACUUUAGCAAAUUUGAUUAAGCAUAAUAAUGGAGAAAAACAAGACUUUGGAUUUAAAAAUGUGAUAUUUUAUUAAAUGAUAGACUUGCCAUGUUAAAAUCAUUAUAUAAAUAUUGUUGUAAACUUAGUAAGAAACCUCAACAAUAUAAAUUUGAUUAUGUAUCAAUAUAAGAUUUUAAAGAUAUGGUAAAUCAAUGUAAAUUAAUUUGUGAUGAUUUAAGUGAAAGAGAAUGUUGUUUAAUUUAUCUAUAAUCGAUGGUAACAUAAAAAGAUGAACUCUUCUCACCUAAACAUUAUUAAAUGAAUUUUCAUGAAUUUAUUGAAGCAUGUUGUAGAUUAGCUGAAAAAUUAUCAAUCAUUCGUGGUGAUAAACCCAUUGAUAUUGAAGAUAGAAGAGCUAAAGACUUACAUACGAAAAUAGAUGGAUUUCUAUUAUAUAUUUAUCUUAAUAUAGGAAAUGAGAUGAAAUAAGCUUUGCCUCUUAAUGAUCCAGAUAUUAAAGGACUUGACAAAUGCAUGAUUAAUGACUUUAAAUCAUUAAAAUAAAAAUUAGAGGAUUCUUUUACUGAUGGAGAUGAACCACCUUAUGAUCCUAGAGUUGAAUUACCACAUCUUUCUAGCUAAAUUACAAAUAUUUUAGGUAAUACCUUAGGAGGUAAAAAAUAAACACUUAGAUCUUAAAUGAAAUAAAUUAAAAAAGAAGAGUAGAAAUUUUCUUUAAUAAAUUUUGUCUAAUACUUCAAAAGCAUACAAUAAAUAUACAAAGAUCAAGAUGAUUGA